UAGCGAGAGAGGUAACGAGUACAGCAACCUGCUCGCGGCUUCCCCUCUGCCUCUUUUCAGGUUCUCGGUCCACGAAGUGACAGACAUUUCUCUCUCUGCUUCUCUCCGAGCCCCCAGGAGUGUCUCCAAGUCGCGUGGAAGUCGCUCGUCACUCACAGCCAAAGUCCAAAUCACUUCAUGGAUUCUUUGGUGCAGCAUGUCUGUCACGCUCCAUACAACCCAAGGUGAUCUGAAGGUCGAGAUCUUCUGCGAAGCUGUGCCGAAAACAGCGGAGAAUUUCCUCGCCCUAUGCGCCUCUGGGGCGUAUGAUGGCACCCCCUUCCACCGCCUGAUCCCCGACUUCAUGGUCCAAGGUGGCGAUACGUCUUUGUCCCCCGAGAACGCGACUGCGGAAAAGCCAGUUCCGAAGGGCGGGGAAUCAAUAUGGGGAGGUUAUUUUGAAGAUGAGAUCAAAGUCCCUGCGCUGAGACAUAGCGGCCGGGGAAUGGUGUCCAUGGCAAACAAGGGCCCCGGCACCAAUGGAAGCCAGUUUUUUGUCACUUUUAAAGAUGCGGCUCACUUGGAUGGCAAGAAUACGGUUUUCGGAAGGGUUAUUGAGGGUGCGGAAGAAGGCGGCACGCUGGACAAGAUGGAGGCCGUGGAGGUGGACAAGAAAUACCGUCCCAAGGAGAAGAUUGUCCUGGAGAAGGUGACGAUCCAUGCGAAUCCUCUGGCAGCGUGAAUCAAACCGGCCAGGUGGAGAAGCGAGAGACACACGAAACCAAUGCGACACGACUUGGGCAGGAGACUCUUUAGCGCCAUCCUCCGCAGCUCGAACCAAAAUGUACUGCCAUAGCAGGUUUCGGGGACAGGCUACAAGACGACAGCUAGAGAAGGAAAGGGCAUUGAGGCAGCCGCUUCGACGUAGGAAGAGCAACUAACAGCAGUUGAGAUGGACGGUCGUAGUCUUCAUCGGCCAAGCAACAACCCAGCAGCUUGGGCCGCAAGGGAGAGUUGCUUGCUCGUCCCUUUCUGGCCGACGUUGAUGGCCACGGGAAAGUCAAGUGUGCACCCUAGAAAGAGGUCGCAAAGAACUAUGGUGACGGGAAUAUCGUAUGCUAGUUCCAGCGAUUCGGAUCGGAAAGUAGAGACCAUGGGUUGUCGACCCAUCGGAGCCAAACAUUCCCAUGGCGAUACCCAGUUCAGGUCGACCAUGUAUCAUUCUAAACUCACCUUUUGGCGGCUGAGAAGGAAUGUCACCAAAUGUUUGAUGUCGGUCGGAUAGGGCCUCUCUCCCGAUAGAUGUUCGUGGUUGGCCGGCCCGGGGCCAAGAGCAUGGAUGUGCCGUUCGCAAGCGUCUCCGCUGGCAAAAAAUGUCAGCCGCUCCGUGGACGGACUUGAGGAGUGGAUGGAGUGUCAGGCAACCCGAAUUGGCAUGUUGAUGGUCAAUGGACGACGGGAUGCGGAGGUAUUUAGCGCGGCACGGAGGACGAGGACUUGUCGGGUAUAUUUGUGAGCGGUUCAGACGUACGACCUACAAACCCAAGGAUUGCGGGAUGGGGGGAGAGAUGGCAAGAUGCUGACAAGCUGGAAGUCGGAGGAUUAUUGCUGAGAUGAAUGCCAUACCUGGGAGAUGGAUUUGAUGCAUGCAAACAGCCACAGUGGGUGACGAAAGACGACUGGAAGAGGACAACGCGUGGCUCGCAGCAUGGCGAUCAGGUGGGGGCGCAAAUGGGCAAUGAGCGACAGGCACUGGAUCUUGGGCCAUAGACUAUGGGGGAUGGGGGAAGGGGGGAUUCGCAAUAG